GUAAACAUUGGCGUCACGGCGUUGCCCGGCAAAAUGUGAAGUUACGCCAUACAACAUCCACCGUCUAUGGUAUCCAAACGUGGAGUUAAAGAACAGCGUGAUUGCAUUCUCACUCCUGUGAUCACAUGCUAGAUCUGUAAAUCAUUCUUAAGCGACAUCAUGGACGGAAAAUUCAAUUUGUUUCGCUUAACUUAAUUGUAUCACUACUCUAUGCCUUCCUACAUUAGAUUACUCUGGAUGCAUCGAAACCACUUCUCUGAGACCGAGUACAACUACUUGCUAACUAGCCUAUACCAAGUACAGAUACUUGAUAAUGCCAUUAAAUCUUGCAAUUGUGGUGAAAUUUUUCAUCAAACAUUGUUCAAUAACACAACACGAACUUUUCUUGAACAUGGCGUAUGCUUCUAUCAAAUAUAACAAUUUCUAUAGGAACAACUUGUCAUUACUGACAUUUAAAUAUUUCCUAACAGUCUUGCCACACGUUUCAAUUAAAUGUUGCAUGUAACACAAGGCAUUCCAGUUAUGUGGUAUCUCAGUCUGAACACUAGUAUGUAAAAGGUGUACAUAGAUAAAAGACAAUAGAAGUAAAAGACAAAGUAUCGUCACACAGGUGACAUGGCUCCUACCCCACCUGUCCAGAUGUCAGGUUGGUAAAGUGACAUAGUUCCUGGUUAAUGUUAAAAUUAGCUAUAAUUUAUCAACCAGCGUAUCCCUCAUUCUUUAGAGUUGUUGCAAACUUUGCAUGGGAAUUAACAGGACUUUAUGGGAAUGUAUGAGAAGCUUCAGAUAUGCCGCCACUUGAGUGAAGUGGGAGGGAAAAAAAAUGGAGCAAUCAAGGUACUGUAAUACCUUUGCAUCUGGGCAAGGACAGCUAUCACUUGUGUAUGGAUGUCUGCUUAUGAUGACACAAAAUGUUAAUAUUUAUGCUUGAAUAAUAUAUUGUUCCAUUAAAUUACCCUAAAUUCCCAGAAUCCCAGUUAAUUCCCACAUAGGCUUUCCAAUUUGGAAUAUUUUCCAUUUUAACUUUCCAUGUAAAUUUACAGGAAAUUUUCCACCCCUUUGCAACCAUACUUGUCUCACUUUGCAACCUCUUUGGAGUUUGGGUCCUGAGAAUGACAUAUUGUCUCCUUCCCAACGCAUGUAAGUGAGCGACGUCAUCGGCCUCAGGUCCCGAAAGGUCCUGAGAGUGUCGUGUCGAGGUCGUUGCGCUUUAAUCAGCUAAUAGUGCACGUCACCGCGCCCUCGGCUCAGGAGAGCGGAUUAAGGCGCCUUCUUGGAAGGAAACCCAGGACAGAACCUUUGCCGGUUCUAAUCUGCAGGGCGAGGAGCCACCGGCCGCUCAGAUUUGUUGUGCCGCUUUCUGGCCAGGAUGGACCUGGGCAAGGCCAAGCUGCUGCGGAGCGGCAUCAACACGCUGCACCAGGCCAUCCACCCUCUGCACGGUGUGGCGUGGACCGACGGCAAACAGGUGUGCCUGACCACGCUCUACUUCCAGCGCGGCGAGGCCAAGUUCGGCGACACCAACGUCAUCGGGCAGUUCGAACACGUCCUGGGACUCUUCUGGGGCCCGCUGUGCUGCCCCGACUCGCCCGCCUUGCUGGCCGUGCAACACAAGAAGCACGUCAGCGUGUGGCAGCUGCAGCUCAGCGCGUUGGAACAUAACAAGUUGCUGUGCACGCAGACCUGCGAGAUGAGCGAACCCUUCCCAUUGAUCGGGCAUGGCUGCGUCUGGCACCCGAAAAUGGACAUUCUGGCCCUCCUCACCAAGCGAGACGCAUCAGUGCUAUUCUCAGUGCGGGUGGACAACAGGAGGACCAAGGCAGAAAUCAAAGGUAGUGGGCUGAUCCACUGCGCGUGUUGGACUAAAGACGGGACCCGGUUGGUGGUGGCGAUCGGCGCCGCGCUGCAUUCCUACAUUUGGAACGACAUCCACAAGAGCCUGGCGGCCUGCUCUUUUUGCCCCAUCUUCGACGUGGGGGGCUACGUCUGCGCCAUCGAGGCAACAGGGGACUCGCAGGUUGCUGUGGCGACGGAGCUGCCUUUGGAGAAGCUGUGCGGCUUGAACGCCGAGAUGGCCUUCGAGGUGGACCCCCCACGAGAACAGACGCCAGAAAACGACCUCUCUCAGGACUCCAGACGACUCUCGUUUGACCUUGCCGAGAGGUCUCGCUCGGGCCCCAUGGACCUCACCCACCUCCUGGCGAGACACCGGCGCUCGGACCCCAGCCCCCUCAUCCACCUGCAACGUAAGGACACGGUGACGGGCUCCGGCCAGGACUCCUCGCACCUGGUGCUGAUCACGUACGAGCGCAAGGUGGUCACCACCCGCAAAGUCAGCAUCCCCGGGAUCCUGGUGCCGGAUUUGGUGGCGUUUGACCCGCGAGCCUCCACCGUCGCCGUGGCGUCCAACACCUGCAACAUGGUGCUUGUGUACCGCAUCACGGCGUCGGCCAUGCCCAACAUCCAGCAGAUCUCGCUGCAGACCACCGACAGACCCAAGGGGGUGUGUUUCCUCAGCGAAAAGGUGCUGCUGAUGAUGGUAGGCCGGCAGAAGUCCACGGACCCCGCCUUCCUCCCGUCCUCCAACACGGAAAAGUACACCCUGCGCCUAGUAGCCAAAGAGUUUGACGGGGAGGGUACCCCCUCCCCUCUCAAUGCAGAGCCUACUUCUAAUUUGUCACGGAUUAGGAGGCACUCAGAGCACAUGCCCAAGGAGGACAGGGAGCGGCUGGGGAUAAAGGACUUGGUUCUUCCCGGGGCGGGAGUGGUCUCCCGCUCACCCGGGAGCAGACGCAGGCUGGUGGAGGAGGUGAGGAGCCCCGACCUAAGCCCCGUGGCCAGCUCCGUGGACUUCUCCUCCUCCUUGGAACGAACCCCCUCCGUCGCCGUGGAGACCUCGGACAUCGGCCGCACGGCCGGCCUGGCGGUGGCCGGACCGGCCAGCAGGGACUCCAGCCGGCCCGGAUCGCCUAGACCGGAGGUGGCGCCGGAGCCAUUGCUGGCCCUGCCGGGUGGCUCCUCCAGGGAGCGAGCCCUGGAGCAUCUGGUCUCCAACAUGGAGCGGCUGUUCGCUCGCGUCGCAGACGUGCAGCAGUGCCUGGGCGAGAUCCGAGAACACGCCCAGAACGGCAAGAAGCUUCAGAGUUCCUACCCGGCCUCCGCCGAGCCCCCUUACCUCAACGUCACAUGCCAGAACCAGCUGUCUGAGAACGUGUUCAUCGACGAGCGCCGUCCGGUGCUGCUGUGCGACGGCAAGCUGUGUCUGCGCGCCCUCCAGGAGCUUUUCAACCUCGCCGUCGUGGAGAUGCUGCACGGCCCACUGUGGAUCGUCCUGGUGGCCGACGCUGACGGCUUCGUGCCCCUGAUGUUCAAGCCCAGAGAUGAGCUUACGGUACGCAACGGCAAGCGCAAAUCCACCCUGUGCACCCUCGGGAGCUCCGAGACCUCCGGCCCAUCAAGUCCGGCCCCCUGCCACAACACCACAACGGAGGCCUCCACAUAGUUUUAUGGACUUAAACCACUUGGUCAAUAAAGCAGUUUUAACACUUCA